AUGGAAUCUUCGGCCAUAUCGCUUUACUUCCAAAGUUUGAAACCACCGGUACCACCGAGUACGACGCCUUCGUUACAGGAUUACCUCAUCAAUUUGAUCGAUUCGCCUGGACAUAUUGAUUUCUCGUCUGAAGUAUCGACGGCAUCGAGAUUGUGCGAUGGAGCUUUGGUGUUGGUUGAUGCGGUGGAAGGAGUGUGUUCGCAGACUGUGACGGUGUUGAGACAGACGUGGCUUGAGCAUUUAAGACCGGUUUUGGUGAUUAAUAAGAUCGAUAGGUUGAUUACGGAGUGGAAGAUGUCGCCGACAGAGGCGAAUGUGCAUUUGGGGAAGUUGUUGGAGCAGGUCAAUGCGGUUAUGGGGAGUUUCUUUGCUGGUGAGAGGAUGGAGGAUGAUUUGAAAUGGAGGGAACAGAUGGAAUUAAGGCAGAGGCAGAGAGCGGCGAGGAGGGAGUCUGCAUCAAAAACGGCAGAAGAAGCGGAAGCGGAGAAGUUAGGCCUAGAAGACGGUUAUGAAGAGAAGGACGAUGAGGACUUAUAUUUCUCGCCGGAGAAGUUUAAUGUCAUCUUUGCAAGCGCGAUAGACGGUUGGGCGUUUACGGUCAAGGAUUUUGCAGCGAUUCACGAAAAGAAACUCGGAGUCAAGAGAUCGGUUCUAGAGAAGAUCUUAUGGGGCGAUUUCUAUCUGGAUCCGAAGACGAAGAGGGUGCUAAAAAAGAGACAUCUCAAGGGACGAAAUCUGAAGCCGAUGUUUGUACAAUUUGCACUCGACAAUAUUUGGGCAAUCUACGACAAUAUACUCAGGAAGGACCGGGAUCAAGAGAAGGUAGAGAAGAUUGUGCAGACUCUCGGGAUCAAAGUACUCCCCAGAGACUUGAAAUCAAAGGAUUCUCGAGCAUUACUAUCAACAAUACUUAUGCAAUGGUUGCCUUUGUCGCGGGCCGUUCUUGGGACUGUGGUCAGCCAACUGCCCUCGCCGCCAGCCGCUCAGAAACAGAGGGUAACGAAUUUAAUCGAAAACAGUCCCGGUGGUGCGGAAUUGAUUGCUCCCGAGAUAAAGAAUGCAAUGGAGAACCUGAACGUAAACGAGGAAGCGAUUGUCGCCUAUGUCAGCAAGAUGAUAUCGGUUCCUGAGAAAGAUCUGCCUAGGAACCAACGGGAGAAACUAACGGCGGAACAACUACGAGAAUUAGGACGAAUCAAGCGACAGGAAAUGGCAAGAGCCCUCGCGGCAGCGGCAGCUAGUGAGACUGCCUCUCUUGGUGGGCAGUCUACAGCAGAUUCCGAUCUCGAACAGGUUGUUUUAGAUAUGGGUAAUUCCAAUCUCGAGACAACAGAUACCGACGGCAAAACUGCAGCGCCUGUGGACCCCGACAAGGAGAACCUUAUAGGGUUUGCGAGAUUGUACAGCGGCACAAUAUCCGUUGGUCAGACCCUUCACGUCCUAGGACCGAAAUACGACCCUCGACAACCAGACCAGCAUGUUUCAUCAAUCACAGUCACAGAUCUUUACCUAAUGAUGGGCAGAGAGCUUGUUUCGUUGGAAAAGGUCCCUGCUGGCAAUGUCUUCGGAAUAGGUGGACUGGAAGGGAAAGUCUUAAAAAAUGCAACGCUGUGUUCGACUGUAACUGGCGGAGUCAAUCUUGCGAGUGUAGCUAGUAUGGGGGCUGCUCCAAUUGUCAGGGUUGCUUUGGAACCAAAAAAUCCAGGUCAAUUACAGCAGAUGAUCAGAGGUUUGAAGCUCUUGGAACAGUCAGAUCCAUGUAUGGAGUACCUCGUUCAGUCGAAUGGAGAGCAUGUAAUCUUGACGGCGGGAGAAUUGCAUCUUGAGAGGUGCCUGAAAGAUCUUCGAGAACGGUUUGCAAAAAUCGAAAUUGAGGCAUCCAAACCCAUUGUGCCAUACCGAGAGACAAUACUUUCCGUGCCUGAAAUGCCGCCACCGAAGAAUCAGAAUUUGCCCCGAGGUACCGUUGUCAUAAGCACGCCCGGCAAACAUGUGACAUUUAAAUUACGGGUACGACCGUUGCCAUCAAAAGCAGUUGAAUAUCUGGAAGAAAAUGUUGGGACUCUUAAGAAGUUCUUCGCUGAAAAACAAACUGAACGCGACGCGGACGAUUUAAUGUUAUUGACAGCUGGCGCAGAUGCAAAGGACUGUCUUCCUAUCGAAGAAUUCGAGAAAGGCUUCCAGGCGGUACUGAUAGCCGGGGCAACAAAGGAUACCAAAAAUGUAUGGACAGAUGUCGUCAGCAAGAUAUCCUCGUUCGGACCACGAAGAGCAGGGCCAAAUAUUCUGAUUGAUAAUGCCAAUAUCCUGCGUAGGAUAUUGCGGGAGAAUGAUGAGUCGGAAACGCCUCAGAAUGACGGUAAUGCAGACGAAGGCCACGAAUCGGCGUCGUUACAGAUCACAAUCAAGGACUUUCGUGACAAGAUUAUAACAGCAUUCCAGAAUGCAACAUUUCAGGGUCCGCUAUGCAACGAACCCAUGCAGGGUGUCGCAGUUUUCCUGGACGAAGUAAAAGUGGAGAUUGCGGACGAGGAAGUCGAGGCUCUGCGAAUGAAGAUAGGGCAACUAAUUGGUGAAGUCAUCACGGGCAUGACAUCUGCCAUACGACAAGGCUUUCUAGACUGGUCACCCAGACUGUUAUUGGCCAUGUAUUCGUGUGAAAUCCAAGCAUCCAGUGAGGUACUAGGCAAGGUUUACGGCGUCAUCACGCGUCGACGCGGGCGCAUAGUAGCUGAAGAAAUGAAGGAGGGGACUCCGUUUUACACGAUAAAUUCACUGUUACCCGUGGUGGAGUCAUUCGGGUUUGCAGAUGAGAUUAGGACGAAAACGUCGGGAGCGGCGUCACCGCAAUUGAUCUUUAGCGGGUUUGAAAAUAUCCUCGACGAGGAUCCGUUUUGGGUCCCGCACACAGAGGAUGAGCUUGAAGAUUUAGGAGAGCUAGCAGAUCGGGAGAAUGUUGCGAAGAGAUACAUGGACGGGGUGAGGGUGAGGAAAGGGCUAUUUGUGGCGAAGAAGAUGCUGGCUGGUGCGGAGAAGCAGAGCACGAGGAAGAAGUAG